UAGAGUGUAGUAGGUAAACUUGUAAGAUAGGCUAACUGUUAUAGUAUACUGCCUAUAUGCUAUACGACGUUUGGAGAAAAGCACGUUAUAUUCACACCGCUGACUUCAGCCGAACACGAACCCCGGUUCACUCCAGCAGGAAUCGCCUCUACGAGACAAUCUAUCCGCAAUGGCCAGGCUGCGGAAGAAAACGUGCAUAGCUCUGUUCUUAUUUACACUCUUCGUUUUCGGAACCAUGAUGGGUUUGAGAACUCUGAAGCCCAGCGAUGGGUUCUCGGACCUGGCCCCGGGGUUGGGCCUCCUGCCGAUGAUUGGAGGAAGGAUGGACCGGCGCUCGGUGUCCCAAGACGCCGUCUCCUCCCCGGGGCAGGUGCGCGCCAAAGUAGUUUUAUCAAACUCGGGACCUGAAGGAACCAUAUUUUACGACGUCCACAUAUUUUACAGCGUGUGGUACGGGAACCCAUCGAUGGAUGGCAAAUACAUGCACUGGGACCAUGUCCUCGUGCCACAUUGGGACCCCAAAAUCGCCGCCAGUUACCCUAAAGGGAGGCAUAUGCCACCGGAGGACAUCGGCUCCAGUUUCUACCCUGAGCUCGGUCCGUACAGCUCGAGAGAUCCGGAUCUAUUGGAGUCACACAUGGAGCAGAUUGGAGCGGCUGCUGCAGGGGUGCUGGUUCUGUCCUGGUAUCCUCCGGGCCUGGCCGAUGACAACGGGGAGCCCACAGAGGACCUGGUGCCGGCCGUCCUAGACGCUGCUCACAGACACAACCUCAAGGUUGCAUUUCACCUCCAGCCUUACAGAGGGCGGAGCGACCACAGUGUCCAUGACAACAUCAAGUAUAUCAUCGACAGGUACGGGGACCACGGAGCCUUCUACAAGUUCACCUCUAGCACGGGGAAUAUCCUGCCUCUCUUCUACAUUUAUGACUCGUAUCUGACCCCGCCCGAGAACUGGUCCGACCUGCUCCACACCACGGGCUCCCACAGCCUGCGUGGCACGCCGUAUGACAGUGUCUUCAUCGCCCUCAUCGUGGAGGAGCGCCACAAGCAUGACAUUCUUGCCGGUGGUUUCGAUGGCAUGUACACGUACUUCGCCUCCAACGGGUUCUCUUUUGGUUCAUCCCACCAGAACUGGAAGGCGGUCAAGGCGUUCUGCGACGGUAACAACCUGCUAUUUAUACCUAGCGCAGGGCCGGGCUACAUCGACACCGCAGUCAGACCGUGGAACAACCACAACACGCGCAACCGAGUCAACGGCCGCUACUACGAGACAGCCUUGCAGGCGGCGCUGAACGUGCGGCCCGAGAUCAUCACGAUAACGUCGUUCAACGAGUGGCACGAGGGCACGCAGAUCGAGAUGGCUGUGCCAAAAAAGACGGUGACCAGGUUGUAUUUGGAUUACCAGCCGCACCAACCUGAGCACUACCUGGAGCUCACCAGGAGGUGGGCAGAGCAGUUCAACAAGGAGAAAGAGACAUGGCUCAUGUGAACUGGCACUGUGUGUGUGAAAGAGAGAGAAAAAGCACGAGUGACUGUAGAGGUUUAUGAAUGUGUGAGAGACAAGUGCGUGGGAAUUGGACUGGAGAGAAGAAAAAAGAGAGAGAGAAAUGCUCAUUUUAAUUAAUUUAUUAUUUUUUUUUGGGGGGGGGGGCAAAAUUGCAUUAUGUGGUAUAUUUGGGAUAUUCUACAGUUGACUCUUAUGUGCAACAGAAAGCUCCCCGUCCUGCUUGCCAUAUCUCUGCCCUGGAUCUUGCCUCCUGAUAACCUCCAGACAACCCCCAUCCUCGCUACCAGCAUGGAUGGACACGUCAAUAGUCUAAUAUACUGUACACAGCACACUCUGUCCUACUUUGACAAACCACUGUCCAAUGUAACCAUCUGUUUGAUACAAUGCACCCUGGCAUGACUUUUCUUUCUGCACAAUCCUUUUAAGUUUUAAAAUGAUAAUCCCAAUAAAAAUAGACCAGGUGACA